AGGCCCGCGUGCUCGACGUCUGUGACAGCACUCCCUACAACCGCGACAUAGACCUGUUGUCGUGGCUGGUCGCUCGGAGCUUCGACCUAGAUUGUGCAGUGGACAUGAUGAGAAAGUCGAUGGCGUGGCGCGAGCGGCACGGCGUGAAUCGUAUCCUAGACGAGUGGGAGCCGCCGGCGGCGCUCCUCGAGUUCUUCCCGCGCGGUUACGAUGGGAAGUCCAAGGCCGGCCUGCCACUGUUUAUCGGCUGCUUGGGACAGUUCGACAUCCGGGGCCUGAUCCGUUCGUGUAGGAAGACGGACUUCAUUAAGUUUGCGCUCUACUGCUUCGAGACGGGCGGCCGGCACGUGCUGAACAUCUCCCGGGAGACGGGCGUGCCCGUCAAUCAGUUCCUGCUGCUGUUCGACCUGGAGGGUCUGAGCGUGGCUCAGGUGGCGUACAAAGAAGGUUUUGAAUUAUUCCUCGAAAUGACGAGGAUCAUGGAAGCAAACUAUCCCGAAGGCUUGGGAGUUUGCAUGGUGAUAAAUGCACCGCCAGUGUUCACACUGGCCUGGUCGAUGAUCCGGCCGCUGCUACGUGGCACCACGCAGAGCAAGAUACAGAUAUUCGGACAUACUGGCUGGCAGCAGCGGCUGCUGGAGCUGGUGGAGCCAGACCAGCUGCCAAAGCACUGGGGCGGCUCACUGAUCGGACCCGAUGGGAACCCGCACAACCGGCCGACGGUGUGCAUAGGCGGCGAGGUGCCGUCGAGCUUCUUCCAGGACCCUCACGAAAUGGAAAAACUGGCAGCCCAUGGCCGCAAACUGCAUGUGCGCAGAGCCGGCAAGAAAGAGUACAGAAUCGAUGUCGCCAAGCCCAAGACGCAGAUCAGCUGGCGAUUCUGCACGAAAGGCUACGACAUCCUGUUCGGGGUGUACCGUGAAUCUAACGCAGGGAAUGACGAGCUGGUGAUCAAGGAGCGAGUCUACAGCCAUCUGGUGGUGGAGUCUGGCAAACUCGUCUGCUCGGAUCCUGGAGUCUAUAUACUUGAGUUCGACAACUCCUACAGUUACUUCCACGGCAAAGAAGUGUAUCUAGAUGUAGUUGUGGUCUGAGCGUUCGCAAACCCCCUGCACAGCAUCGGCUCAACGCAGAUCACCUGGCCGUCUGCUCAGCAGCCAGACCUGGCGCCUGUACUCACACUCGGGCUCAGCGCAGAACACCUGACCGCCUGCUCAGCGACCAGACCUGGCGCCUGUACCCACACUCGGGCUCUGCACAUAUCACCUGACCGCCUGCUCAGCGACCAGACCUGGCGCCUGUGCUCACACUCGGGCUCUGCACAUAUCACCUGGCCGGCUGCUCAGCGACCAGACCUGGCGCCUGUGCUCACACUCGGGCCCGCCAGCAUACAUGUGUACGCUCAGCCAGGCGGGGCAACCAAACGCCCUUUAGCCCGCCAGGGGCGUGCGUCACUUAGCGUCACAAAGGGCCGCACGUGCAAUCCCUGACAAGGCGGCCCAGUGGAACCCUCUGUCUUCAUCGAGGUCGAAGAAUGCGUGGGUAUGGGAGAAGUAGCAUAGAUGCAGAUAGAUCCUUCCACAUGUGCAGUCCGCGGCAGCGACGGAUGGAGUGCGUUCAGCGCCGCGCCCGGACGUGGCAGGUGAUGCUUCGUCCCAGAUGGC